UGGGGCGCCGGAGGGACCCCGAUCCCGCCUCCUGCCAGACCGCCAGCUUGCGAUCGAAACCUAGACUGAGGAAGCUAGAGAAAGGGAGAGAAACUUCGGCUCUUUAGUGUGGUUUUUAUGUUGUAACUGGAGGGAGCUUCGGCCAGCAGGAAAAAUGUCCUUUUUCAAUUUCCGUAAGAUCUUCAAAUUGGGCAGCGACAAGAAGAAGAAGCAGUACGAGCAUGUGAAGAGAGACUUGAACCCCGAGGACUUUUGGGAAAUUAUAGGUGAAUUGGGGGACGGAGCCUUUGGGAAAGUAUUCAAGGCCCAGAAUAAAGAGACAAAUGUUUUAGCUGCUGCAAAAGUGAUUGAUACUAAAUCUGAAGAAGAACUUGAAGAUUAUAUGGUUGAGAUUGAUAUUUUAGCAUCAUGUGAUCAUCCAAAUAUAGUCAAGCUGCUAGAUGCCUUCUAUUAUGAAAAUAAUCUUUGGAUUCUCAUUGAAUUUUGUGCUGGUGGUGCAGUAGAUGCUGUGAUGCUUGAACUUGAGAGACCAUUAACAGAAUCUCAGAUACAAGUAGUUUGUAAGCAGACUUUAGAGGCAUUGAACUAUUUACAUGAAAAUAAAAUUAUCCAUAGAGAUUUAAAAGCAGGAAACAUUCUUUUUACAUUGGAAGGAGACAUUAAAUUGGCGGAUUUCGGAGUAUCGGCCAAAAAUACAAGGACUAUACAAAGAAGAGAUUCUUUUAUUGGCACGCCAUAUUGGAUGGCUCCAGAAGUGGUUAUGUGUGAGACCUCUAAAGACAGACCCUAUGAUUAUAAAGCUGAUGUUUGGUCCUUAGGUAUCACUUUGAUAGAAAUGGCUCAGAUAGAACCUCCUCAUCAUGAGCUAAAUCCAAUGCGAGUACUGUUGAAAAUUGCAAAGUCUGAACCUCCUACACUGGCACAACCUUCAAAAUGGUCUUCAAAUUUUAAGGACUUCCUAAAGAAAUGUUUGGAAAAGAAUGUGGAUGCCAGGUGGAAUACUUCUCAGCUUCUGCAGCAUCCUUUUGUUACUGUGACCUCCAACAAACCAAUCCGAGAAUUGAUUGCAGAGGCAAAGGCUGAAGUAACAGAAGAAGUUGAAGAUGGUAAAGAAGAUGAUGAUGAUGAAGAAACGGAGAAUUCCCUGCCUAUACCUGCUAAUAAGCGUGCCUCCUCUGAUCUCAGUAUUGCCAGUUCUGAAGAAGAUAAACUCUCACAGAAUGCUUGUAUUCUGGAAUCUGUAUCAGAAAAAACAGAACGUAGCACUGUUGGAGACAAAGCUCAAAGCAGUAUAAUUAAUGAGAAAACUGCUGAUGGUGAGCCUGAAAAAAUUGUUGAGAGAAGUAAUGAAGACAUUACUGUUGAUCAUCUUGAAAAUAUUGUAGAGCUCCAAAAUGGGAUAGGAUUAGUUAAGGAGAAUAAGACAGAAGAGAAGGAACUCAAGGUAGAAGAGACAAUAGAAGUGGAAGAUGGUGUGGCGGAAGGAAAUGAAGUGAUGGAAAGAAAAGACAUUGUUCUACCUAUCACCUCCAAAAUAAGUGCUGAUCUAAAACCUGAGAAAGAUCAGGAUCAGGAAGAGCAUCAGAUGUCGGAAAAUGAGAGAAUAAAAACAAUUGGCAUUAAAGAUGCUGCUGACGAUAUAACAGAAUCGGUUUCUGAAGAGACUGGAGAAAAAGAAGAAAAUGUAAGAGAAGUAGACAUUCAGGGAACUGAAAGUGAAGUUAGACUUAAAAUAGAAGUACAGGAUAAAAUAGAAGAGACUGAACUCACCAAAGGUGAGGUGGAUGACACAGAGACAGUGGAAACGGGGGAAGUACUAGAUCUAGACCUGAAGGCAGUUGAAAACAAUGCUAAGGAAUCUCAUAAUGAUGAUGAAAAUGAAAUGACUGAAUUAAAUAAAAAACUAAAACAAAUUAAGCUUGAUGUUGAUCCUCAGGUUAGUGGUAUUGAGGAAACUCAGGUAUCUAGGAUAGAUAAAACAAAUGUUACAGAUCAGAUAUCUAUGGAAGGCAAAAAUGAGAUUAUAUAUGUUAUGAACAGAAGUGAGGACCAUUUAAUCAAUAGUUCAGGGGACAUUUUAGUUACUGGUGAGAAACCAAUAACAUAUGAAAUUGAAGAAAUUAAGGAAACAAACAGCACUGAAGAACUAGAGGUCCAAAACACAGUGAUACAUACUGGAGAAAAGUCAGUAGAAAGUAAAACUCAGGAUAUUCAUCAACCUCUGCUAGACAUAGAACAAACAGAAUUUCCAAGUGAAAUACCCACUAAAAUUGAACCUCAAGUUAUUGUACCUUCACAACCCAGUGAACCUCAAUCUAUUCUCAUACCCAGUAUUAACAUUAACUCUGAAGAGACAAAAGAAAAAGGGGAAAUGGGUACACCAUCCCAAGUUGAAACUUCACUACAUUCAGAACCUGAGAAUCAAAAGGAAAAUGAUACUGAUUCAGGCACCGGUUCCACGGCUGAUAAUAGCAGCAUUGAUUUGAAUUUAUCCAUCUCUAGCUUUUUAAGCAAAAACAAAGACACUGGAUCAAUAUCUUUACAAGAAACAAGAAGACAUAAAAAAACGUUGAAGAAAACAAGAAAAUUUGUUGUUGAUGGUGUAGAAGUGAGUGUGACAACUUCAAAAAUAGUUACAGAUAGUGAUUCAAAAACUGAAGAAUUAAGGUUCCUUCGACGACAGGAGCUUCGAGAAUUAAGAUUUCUCCAGAAAGAGGAACAAAGAGCCCAGCAGCAGCUCAACAACAAAUUACAGCAACAACGGGAACAAAUUUUCAGGCGAUUUGAACAAGAAAUGAUGAGUAAGAAGCGACAAUAUGACCAAGAGAUUGAAAACCUAGAAAAACAACAGAAGCAGACAAUAGAACGCCUAGAACAAGAACAUACAAAUCGCUUGCGAGAUGAAGCCAAACGUAUUAAAGGAGAACAAGAGAAGGAACUGUCCAAAUUUCAGAACAUGCUGAAAAACCGAAAGAAAGAGGUUAUAAAUGAAGUGGAGAAAGCACCCAAAGAGCUGAGAAAAGAGCUCAUGAAACGCAGGAAAGAGGAGCUUGCACAAACCCAGCAUGCUCAGGAACAAGAAUUUGUUCAGAAGCAACAACAGGAAUUAGAUGGAUCAUUGAAAAAAAUCAUCCAGCAGCAGAAAGCAGAGUUAGCUAAUAUUGAGCGAGAAUGCCUCAAUAACAAACAGCAGCUCAUGAGAGCUCGUGAAGCUGCUAUUUGGGAACUUGAGGAACGACACUUACAAGAAAAGCAUCAGUUGCUUAAACAACAACUCAAGGAUCAGUACUUCAUGCAAAGACAUCAACUACUUAAGCGCCAUGAAAAGGAAACAGAACAAAUGCAGCGAUAUAAUCAACGUCUAAUUGAAGAGUUAAAAAACAGACAGACUCAAGAAAGAGCAAGACUACCUAAGAUCCAGCGGAGUGAAGCCAAGACUCGGAUGGCUAUGUUUAAGAAGAGUUUGAGAAUCAAUUCAACAGGCACCCCGGACCAAGACCGUGACAAAAUUAAACAGUUUGCUGCUCAAGAAGAAAAAAGACAGAAAAAUGAAAGGAUGGCUCAGCACCAAAAGCAUGAGAAUCAGAUGCGGGACCUUCAGUUGCAGUGUGAAGCUAAUGUCCGAGAAUUACAUCAACUACAGAAUGAAAAAUGCCAUCUCUUGGUUGAACAUGAGACUCAGAAACUAAAGGAGUUAGAUGAGGAGCAUGGCCAAGAAUUAAAGGAGUGGAGAGAAAAAUUGAGACCCAGGAAAAAGACACUGGAAGAAGAGUUUGCCAGGAAGCUUCAGGAACAAGAAGUGUUCUUUAAAAUGACUGGGGAGUCUGAAUGUCUUAACCCUUCAACCCAGAGUCGUAUCUCCAAAUUCUAUCCAAUUCCUAGCCUGCACUCCACUGGAUCAUAACUCCAGAAAGUAUGCUUGGUCUUUUUUAAAAUUUGCUAUUCUCUUCAUCUUUUGCCACACUAAAACCUACAACUUCAUUGGAGAGUUCAUGAAGACAAUCACCUGCAUCACUGUUUAAGUGGGUUUU